AAUACGAAGUAAUAAUCACCCUACCAAUGCAGCACAAAUUAAGCAGCUGGACAAAAUUUUUGUAAAAAAUAAAUUAGAAGUAUUGGGCAACCUAGAUUGACAAAUAUAAUACAGUAUAUAUAGUUUGUAUAUAAAAAUAUAAGCAAGCAAAAAUAGAUCCGAUCUUCUGUAAACAUUAAUUUGUGAUACAGGGGAAAUCUCAUCGGAGAAAUCAAGUCAUACAAUCAAUAUGUCUAAGCCAAGAUUGGAAGGCAAGGUUGUUUUGAUCACCGGAGCAGCGAGUGGUAUAGGCGAGGAGGCGGCAAAACUAUUCGCAGAAAAUGGGGCGUUGGUAGUGGUUGCUGACGUCCAAGAUGAAAUAGGGCAACAAGUGGUAGCAUCCAUAGGCUUAGACAAAGCCAGUUACUACCACUGUGAUGUUAGAGAAGAGAAACAAGUUGAAGAAGCUGUUACUUACACCUUACAAAAACAUGGCACCCUUGACAUCCUCUUCAGCAACGCCGGUGUCAUUGGCCCAUUAUCCACCAUCCUUGACUUGGAUUUGGCCGAUUUAGACAACACCCUUGCCAUCAACGUCCGGGGGGUGGCUGCCACCAUCAAGCAUGUGGGCCGGGCCAUGGUCAGCCGAAAGAUCCGUGGAUCCAUUAUAUGCACGGCUAGUGUAUCGGCCUCCGUAGCCGGCGUAGGGCCUAGCACGUACACGGCCUCAAAGCACGCGGUGGUGGGAUUGGUAAAAGCGGCAAGCAGUGAGCUGGGUGCACAUGGGAUCCGUGUGAAUUGCAUAUCUCCUUUUGGAGUAGCAACUCCCUUGGCUUGCAAUGCAUACAACAUGGAACCAAGUCAACUUGAGCAAAGUUGUGCAGCAAUAACUAGCUUAAAGGGAAUUGUCUUGAAGGCAAGGCACGUUGCUGAGACUGCUCUAUUCUUUGCUUCCGAUGAAUCCGCCUUUAUCAACGGCCAUAACUUGGUGGUAGAUGGCGGGUUCACCGUAAGUAGUCACAAUCCUGCUCCUCCUCCUAAGUUAUAAUUCAUGUUUCUGCCAUCUAAAUAAAUCCAUGAUGGCAGAAACAUGAAUUAUUAAUUAGUUUAAUGUCACCAGGCCAUUCAAUAUAAUACACAUUUUGUCGUUGUUCUAUCAAGUAUGGUAUAUUGGUACGAUAUUUGUUGGUAUGUGCUUGUUUGCUUAUUACGUGGGCAGUGUCUUUUGAAAUUUGGGAUUACAUUAAUCCAUGAUCAAGCUAGGCUAAAAGUCAAAACAUAUGGAGUAAAUUAUUGUUUUUGGUUCUCAUUCACUAACGUUCUUUGUACAUUGUAAUAACUAGUACUUUAAUUUGUACCUUUGUAUAUUACUAAUAGGUGUGCAAUUAAAUUAUCCGCACUACACAAAUCAUAGCCUUGUUUGUACUCCGUUUAUCUAUC